UCACCGUGCGAAAAUUACGUCACCAGCAGAAAAUGUAAUGGUGGUUGUGGCUGUCGGGCGUUGAAGGAGUUGUGUUUUUUUUUGUUUGUUCGUACUUUAGCCGGUGUGUUUAGAUUAAAGUGUUCGAAUUAGAAUUAGAGCAGAGCGCAGAGUUUCCCCUGGGAAUACACGAAUCGAACAGUUUCGCUGUCAAAUCGAUUUUUGUAUGCAGUCCUGCAGGCUGCAGGAAAACCACGAUUUGUCAUCAGCCAACGAUUUCGGGCCAGACCUCCCCCAAGAACUCGAAGAUCGAAUCUCGCACGCUGCAACCGCACAAAUCAAUACAUCUUAACGCAGCCGGAAUUUCUAACAGCAACGGGUAAUCCAAUUGGAAUCAGAAAACAAUGUUUUCAGUGAAGAUGAAGCCAGCCAUGUCUGACCGUAAGGCUGAGUUGGAGCGCAAGAAGGCCAAGCUUCAGGCCUUGAGGGAGGAGAAGGACAGGAGGAAAAGGGAGAAGGAGAUGAAGGAUGUUGAGGAGGCUGCAAAUCGCGUUGAGUCUGGAUCGGAUAAAAGAGACCUGGAUGAGAUGCUACGCUCCCUAGGUGUUGCUCCUGUUCCAGAUGUCCUCUCGAGUCUGUCCACUGUUAACUCAUUAACACCGGAUCAGAGUAUAAAUUACACUCCGGACACCUCAUUACAACCAAACAGUUUGCAUAACAAUGUGGCACAAGUCAAGAAGAAGCAGCCUGUUUUGACUGUAGUUCCAGUGCAGACAACCAAUAUCCAACCUCAGGAGGUUGUUGUGUACACCAGGCAGACCCAAACCACAGCCUCUGGUCACGAAAGAGAUGGAAUUUUUGGAUCUUCAAUUUUAAGCAAGUGCUAUAUGGAAGAUUGGUGGAGGCCACGUAAAGCUCAUGCAACCGAUUACUACGACGAAUACAAUCUAAAUCCGGGUUUAGAAUGGGAGGACGAGUUCACAGUUUUGACGUAUGACGACCCGCAAGGUGAAGAUGAGGAGAGCAGCCUUCCGCAUCUUGGUGGUUUCGGCAGCAAGCUUCCCCCUGGUAUCCUUCCUCAUGGGCUGCCCCAGGUCAAGGAGGUCCAGCCGGCCGUCACUGCCGUCGAGCAGGAGCAGGCAAAGCAGGAGGUCAAAGAAGUACGCGAGUUGAGCGAGGAGGAGAAGCAGAUGAUCAUCCUUUCGGAGGACUUCCAAAGGUUCGUGGACAGGGCCGGGCGGGUCAUGGAAAGGGCCUUAGGAGAAACCGUGGAUAUUUAUGCAGAUUAUAGUGGAUUGGGAGGAGACGAAGGAUUAGACGAAAAAUCACAUCAACGAAUUUCCUUCAAUCGUUGGUUCUACGACGAGAGAUGGUCGAAGAACCGUUGCGUAACUUCAUUGGAUUGGUCGCUACAAUAUCCGGAGCUGUUGCUCAGCUCCUACAACAACAACGACGAAUCCCCCAACGAUCCGGACGGUGUGGCCCUCAUCUGGAACACGAAAUACAAGAAGACCACGCCCGAGUACGUUUUCCAUUGCCAGAGCCCCGUGAUGAACGCGAAGUUCGCACGGUUCCAUCCGAAUCUUGUGCUCGGUGGCACGUACUCCGGACAGAUCGUCCUCUGGGACAACAGGGUCCAAAAAAGGACUCCUAUCCAGAGGACCCCGUUGUCGGCAUCUGCACAUACACAUCCUGUGUAUUGCAUGCAUGUUGUUGGUACGCAAAAUGCGCACAAUCUGAUCAGCAUAUCGACGGACGGACGUCUUUGUUCGUGGUCGUUGGAGAUGUUGAGUCAGCCGCAGGAGACGAUGGAGCUGCAGCGCAGUCAGUCCAGAUCUGUGGCUGUCACCUGUUUAGAUUUCCCACAUUCCGAUGUAAAUAACUUCGUGGUCGGCAGCGAGGAAGGUGCAGCCUUCUCCGCAUGUCGUCACGGCGCCAAGGUGGGCGUCACCGAUACUUACGAUGGUCAUCAGGGUCCCAUCACCGGUAUCAGCGUUAACGCUGUUCAGGGAGGUAUAGACUUCUCGCAUAUGUUCCUGACGUCCUCCAUCGAUUGGACCAUCAAGCUGUGGAGUUUGAAGGACACCAAGCCAAUCUACACGUUCGAGGAUAACGGUGACUACGUGUUGGAUGUCGCCUGGUCCCCUACUCAUCCGGCUCUGUUUGCCGCCGUCGAUGGUGGUGGCCGUUUGGAUCUGUGGAAUCUAAAUCAGGACACUGAAGUUCCUGCAGCCGGAUUGACCGUUGAUGGAAAUCCGGCUCUAAACAGGGUGUCUUGGACUCCCUCUGGUCUACAUGUUACAGUCGGUGAUAAUACAGGAAAGAUUUGGGUGUACGAUGUUGCUGAGAACUUUGCGCAUCCGAGACACGACGAGUGGAACAAGUUCUUGUAUACGACCCAAGAGUUGCGCAGCAAUCAGGUAGAUGAGGAACUAGAGAAGCUGAACCUAGGCAUUUCCAAUACUCCCUUAACUAGUAUGAGUUCUAUAUCGUCAUCGCCUUUACGAUAACUUUGCAACAAUAGAUAAGGAAAUUUCACAUGUACUGUAACUUUGAUCUAGUUAUAAUUGAUAAAAAAAAAUAUUUGAAAAAGAAAAACGUAAAAAAAAACACACAGAUGAAUACGUUUGCAGUUGUUGUGUCAUAUAUUGUUAUUUUAGAUGACUGCAGGACGGUAAAACAAAACGUAAUAUUACUUGUAUAUUUAUGCAGCUGUACUAAUAUUUAUUAAGUAAUUAAUACAAACUAAGUUAUUCUUGUGAUUUAUAUCUUGAAAAGUAUAUUUAUGUACCAAUCUUUACAGAGAUAUAUGUAAUAAUAAUUCUUUUUUUUUAAUUAAUCCGCGCUUUUAAAACAAACCAGAAACGAAAAACAAUGAGGAGAAAAUAAGGUAAUACCUGCUGUUAUAUUAUAAUACUUAUAAAUAUAUAUAUAUAUAAAAAUCUUAAAAAAAAAUGAAAAUAAACAAUGUGUACACACGGAGUAAAUUGUUACUGGAUGUGAAUAUAUUAAUAUUAUUCUUGGUAUGUAAUGGAUUU